GAGAGCAGUAGCAGUAAUAGCAGUAACAGUAUCAGCAGCAGCAGCAGAGAGCAGCAGCGUCGCUGUGGGUGUGAGUCACAAGUCGUGUGGGAGGAGUUAAAGUAAGAUGGCUGCGGUAAAGGGAAGAGUGUUAGAGAAGUCCUCAGCUGGUGUGUUGAUGUGUCUCUAACAGGAUGCUCGGCAGUCUGAAUGAAGGAGUGGUUCAUUCGUUAGCUCGCCCGGCUCGGUGUGGUCCAGCUCUUCAGUUGUCUCCAGGUCUCCUGCUCGCUGCUCGUCCGUUCACUGCUCUGACAUUGUGGAAUUCAUUAGCAGCUAGUCGCUAGCAUCCCAGCAGCGCUAACUCACUAGCAACCAGCUCAGUUAGCAGGGAUCCGAGGAGAUCAGGACUGUUGACACUCCUACACACAUCUAAAGCGCAGAGCGGCCGUCCUGACUGGCUAUGGAGUGGUGUUGGCUUCAGACUGGAUGACAGGGUCUAUAGGGCGGACAGGGUCACACCCAUUCUAAAGCAGCAGUGGCGGCCUUCUCCUCGAUGCACACUGACUGGCAGUGACAGCGCGUUUGCAGCAGACCUCCUUCCCCUUCUCCUCUGUGUUUGGAUACACUUUCCCUCCUCUGUCUCCCCCUCUUCUCCCUGUCUCCCUCUCCUCCUCCUCCUUCUCCCCCCCACAUUUUUCCCCUUUCUUCCCUCUUAAUUUCUUUCUGCCUUCUGUUGCUUCUACACUCCGACCUUUUUUUCUUUUUUUUUACUGGAACUCCUCUCGUCUUUGAGUUCUUGUGACCUUUGACCUGCCUCUCACCGGGACCAGCAUGAGCUGGCUGAGCAGGUUGAACCCGCGGGCCCCCGGGAGUCGGUCCGGCCGGAGCGCCGCCCCCUCCAGCCCCUGCACCGCUGACCCGGAGACCUGCCUCAUGGUGUUUGAGAACCACUGGAGACAGGUGUCUUGGGUGCUGGAGCAGCAGGAGCCUUCCUCCUCCAGCGACGACCUGACGGCGGUGAGGAAUCACACCGACCAGAUGUUAUGUCUGCUGGCGGAGGAGCGGCCUGCCGAGAGCCCGGAGGGCGUCACCGGCGUCACGCCCAUGGGCCCCAUACUGGAGCUGGUGGUCACCGAGAACAUCCUGGAGCACCUGGUUCAGUGGCACCUCCGCCGCGGCUUGGACCCGGACAGCCAAGGGGCGCUGCUCAAGCUGUUUGAGAUGCUCAUCGGCCAGUCCCAGCAGCCACUGCUGCAGCACACAGCCGUCCUUCACCCCCUGAUGAGGCUGCUGGGAGCGUGCGCCGACCCAGAACUCGGUUGUCCUCCAGCCCUGGAAAACAGCCUGGUACUGCUGCUCAACCAGAUCUGUGUGUCCAUGGCCCGGCAGCCCGUGGUUCUAGAGAUGUUGUUCCGGGCGGCGCCGGCUCAACAGGGCUCCACCAACCUGCUGAUCUUCUCCCUCCUCGUGCCGUUCAUCCACCGGGACGGCGCCAUCGGACAGCAGGCCCGCGACGCGCUGCUGCUGGUCAUGGCCGCCUCGGCCAGCCACGAGGCCGUGGCGCGUUACAUCGCUGAGAACUCCUACUUCUGCCCGGUGUUGGCGACGGGCCUCAGCGCUCUCUACUCCUCUCUGCCCAGGAAGAUCGAGGUCCGAGGGGACGACUGGCACGCCCUGCGGCGGGAGGACUGGAUGGGCGUGUCGUCGCUCGUCUUGUUCAUGAACUCGCUGGAGUUCUGCAACGCCGUGGUGCAGGUCGCUCACCCCCUGGUCCGCUCCCAGCUCCUGGACUACCUCCACAACGGCUUCCUCGUACCCGUCAUGGGCCCCGCGCUGCAUAAGUCGUCGGUGGACGAGAUGAUCGCCAGCACCGCCUACCUGGACCUUUUCCUGCGCAGCGUGUCGGAGACGUCCCUCCUCAAAACCUUCCUGCGCUUCAUCCUGCUGCAUCGCCACGACAACGACACCAUCCUGGACACGCUGCUGACACGCAUCAGCAGCAAUUCAAGGCUCUGCAUGGUGUCGUUGAGCCUCUUCAGGACUCUUCUGUCUCUGAACUGUGAAGACGUCAUGCUGCAGCUCGUUCUCAGGUAUCUACUGCCCUGUACCCAUGUAAUGCUGAGUCAGCGUCGUGCCAUCAGAGAGAUUGACCUGUACGGAAAGUCGGCAGACAAGUUCCUGUCGCUGAUCCCAGAGUGCUGCCGGGUGAAUGCAGCGUCUGCAGCUGAGCGGGACGAGGACGGUGCUUUCUGGGGCAAAGUGGUAAACAGUCCCAGCACAGAGUCUCCGGCCCCACCCAGACCCAGCACUCCAUCCCGCUUAGCCUUCUUCAUGCGCCAACAGAGCAGCGGCGGUGGCUCAGGAGGAGGAGGAGGAGGUCCCUCCACCCCCACCAGCACGGAGCCGCUGCAGUCGGGUCCUCCCAGCUCCCACCCCAUGUCCCCCGACAGCCCCAUGCACCAGCAGCACACUAACACCGAGUGUCUGGACUGGGACUCGGGCUACCUGGAGUACCUCAAAGACUCCCGGCGGGGCAUCGAGGUUUGCUCCUGGGCGUGCCGCGACUGGUCGGCGCCCUACGACGGAGAGAACCCCUCCCCGAGCACGGCCCCUACGCCCCCGCCUCCCCCUACCUCCAACCCCUCCAUGGCCAUGUUCCCCGAGCACUUCUCCUUCCAGCAGGGAGGAAGCAGCAACACCCCUCCGGGCCAGCAGAGGGCGGCCGUCGUGGCCGCGGCGCGAUCCGAGUGGAGCAGCUCGGAACGGGACAGCGGAGAGUGGGACGUCACGAUCGGCAAAAACAACUGCAUCAGCCUCACGCCGCGCUCCAAGAAACGCAGCCUGCAGCAGAGAGAGGAGCUCCUGCCGAAGCCUAUACCUCGUCUCGUUCCCUCCUCCUCCUCCUCGUCGUCGUCGUCUUCGGCCACCCCUUUAUCGACUUCCCACCCCGCCUCGUCCCCGGCGCCUCACAAUCCCACCUCUGCCAUCACCGUCAGCUACCAGGCCAUGUAUAACGGAACGACGGGGCAGGGUGACGGGUGCUCAGACAAUCGAGACAGAGGUCUGGAGGUGAAGAAAGUGAAGAGAGACUUGGGGGAACAGCAGUAUCUGGAUGAAAACGCGAAUCAAAACGGAUCCCUCGUCACCUGCUCCUCCCAAAGCUGCACCGUUCUCCCGCAGUCCAUUUUUAGCAACAGCGAAAUGAGCGACGCAAAAUCGCUCCGCCCUAACCAGAUUUCCUCUCAGAGCCCCGUCGCCCAGCUAACGUCUGACGCCAAACUGCUGACCGGUGACACCUCGAACCCACACGGCGCGUCCUCAGAUCUUCCAGAAGCCAACCAACAAUCCGUAGAAAGUCUCAUCCAGGAGCUGCUGGAGCAGGCACCGGGAGAACCGCAGCCCCCCGGAGAAUCCAACGGACAGGGCAUCAGCAUCGAGGCCUUCACGCAGGAGCUGAGGGAGCUGGAGGACCGGGUGAAGGAGCGCAGCAGGGCGGCCGGCCAGCAGGAGGAGAUCGCCAGAGAGCCUUUGUCUUCUUCUGAGCGGCAGGAGGAGGAACAACAGCCGUCCUCGGCCCUGGAGGCGAAGCCGACGGGCGACGCUAAGGGAGACGGGCCUGUGGCGGGCCUCUGCAGUCCUGCUAGACCACUAAAUCUGCCUACGUCUCAGCCGUACACAGGUCCGUUCAUGGUGGUUCUGUUUACCAAGCUGGAGAACAUGCUCCAAAACUCGCUGUACGUCAACAUCCUGCUCACGGGCAUCGUGGCCCAGCUGGCCUGCUAUCCUCAGCCCCUCCUACGCUCCUUCCUGCUCAACACCAACAUGGUCUUCCAGCCCAGCGUCAAGUCACUGAUCCAGGUUCUAGGUUCUGUGAAGAACCGUAUCGAGGCGUUUGCAGCCUCUCACGAGGACUUCCCUGCCAUGCUGAAGAAAGCCCAGCAGUACCUGGUGGCCCGAGGCAAAGUGGACUGGGCUGACUUGCCUGGAGCAGUUCCCACCCUGCGGCGCUCUGAUUCAUUAGUGAAGAGUCGCAAGCCAUCUCUCGGAGACCUGAUCCUCCGUCACACCAACAGCCCGACCCGGGCUCGACACGCCGCCCAGCUGGCCCUCGCGCACGUACGCGACGGCGGCCAAUCGCUGCACAGCGCCCUGUUCAAGGGCAGCGGAGGGGCCUCCGGCCUGGAGAAGCAAGCCGAGGCGCUGCGAGUGAAGAACGCCGUCUACUGUGCCGUCGUCUUCUGCGAGUUCCUCAAGGAGCUGGCCGCCCUGGCCCAAGAGCACGCCGUUGCUCUGCCUUUCCCUCACAGCCAGGAGGCAGAGGAAUAGACGGCGAGCUCUUCAGCCGCCAUUUCCUUUUCUUGAUUAGGCUCUAAAAGCAGAGUUCUAUAGGGUUCUCCCAUCGCCUGAGGACGGACUGGAGCACGGAGACUUUUUCUGUCACUGAAAAGUGGGUCGCCUGCAAGACAAAAAGCAGGAUGAAAAACGUGGCAUUUUUGUACCAAAAUCAUCAUAAGACAUCUAUAGGACACCUAUAGGACACCUAUAGGACUGGAAGAGUUUUUCCAUCAUCCGUAAACUUAUAGGAUAUUGUGCAUAUCAUGUAUUAUAUUUACAUUCUAUACACAGAGAAAUCUCUUGAGAUUUUAGGAGCUUGUACAUACACAUACCAUGUCAUGGUAUAAUGUGACACAGUAAAGCCACAGAUAAAAGAAAUAGGCGCACAUAUU